AUGCGCCUAGUCAAUUUUAUCUCCUAUACAGACCAGAUUCUUGUAGUAUGGUCUCGUGAGGCAGUGGCUAUUCCCAGUCCGUCUGGGGAUAUCUUGAUUUUACUGACAGAGUCUCGGUGUCCAUCGAGCGUUCCUAUGAUAGUCCCCAUGACGCAGUCCCAGACCACCACCGACGAAUAUUCUGCAUAUGAUGCAAAUAGCAAUCUUCCCGACUUUGAAAAGUCGAUAGAGAGCACUCCUGGAUUAUCCAAAGCUGCCACCAUCGAUGAUUUCGUGCUCAGUUUCAUUGACGAAGCAGAGUCUUCCACCACCUGCUCUUCUGGCUUGUAUGAGCGAAAGUGCUGA